AUGGCUCCGGACGCGAACGCCUCUGCUGGCCCCGCGCCUGACCCGGCCACGGCGAAGAAGAACGAGCAGAAGGAGAAGUCCAAAGCCGAUAAGGCAGCCAAAUUUGCCGCUAAACAAGCCAAACUGAAGCAACAGCAGCCCCAGCCAAAAGCAGCUGCGCAAGCGACUCCGAAACCUGCGAAGGUCCAAGCCCCCGCGCUUCCCCCUUACAAAGACGAGACCCCCGCCGGCGAGAAGAAGACCAUCCAGUCUUUCGACCAUCCACAUUUCCAAGCCUACAAUCCCAAGGCCGUCGAGUCGUCAUGGUAUCAGUGGUGGGAGAAAAGCGGCUUCUUCCAGCCGCGCCCUGCGCGAACGCCCGAAACUGGCAGAUUUGUUAUCCCUUUGCCACCGCCUAACGUCACCGGCGCUCUGCACUGCGGUCAUGCCUUGGCCAAUUCGCUGCAGGACACUUUGAUCCGGUGGUAUCGGAUGAAAGGUUAUUCCACGCUCUGGGUCCCUGGCUGCGACCACGCCGGUAUCUCCACGCAGUCCGUGGUGGAGAAGAUGUUGUGGAGGAAGGAGAAGAAAACACGCCUCGAGCUUGGCCGGGAGAACUUUACGAAGCUCGUCUGGGAGUGGAAGGGGGAAUACCAUGAGCGGAUCAACAAUGCUCAGAGACUCAUGGGCGGCUCGAUGGACUGGUCACGCGAGGCUUUCACCAUGGACGAGAAUCUCAGUGCGGCGACCAUGGAAACCUUCUGUCGGCUCCACGAUGAAGGUUACAUCUACAGGUCAAAUCGUCUCGUUAACUGGUGCACCCACUUGCAGACAGCCCUCAGCUCCGUGGAGGUUGACAACAUCGAGGUUUCGGGCCGUACCAUGCUCGAUGUGCCGGGGUACGAUCGGAAGGUUGAGUUUGGCGUUUUAACCUUCUUCAAGUACCCGAUCGACGGCACCGAUCAGACCAUUGAGGUCGCUACCACUCGUCCCGAGACCAUGCUUGGUGACAGUGGUAUCGCCGUCAGCCCUGGUGACGAACGCUACGCUCACCUGGUGGGCAAGUUCGCCCGUCAUCCGUUCACGGAUCGCCUUCUGCCCAUCGUCGAAGACAGCUACGUGGAAAAGGAGUUUGGUACCGGUGCCGUGAAGCUGACACCCGCCCACGACUUCAACGAUUAUAAAUUGGGCGAGCGCCACAAGUUGGAGUUCAUCAACAUCCUGAAUGAGGACGGCACUCUCAACGAGAAUGCCGGCCCCCUGUUCCAGGGCCAGAAGCGCUUCAACGCCCGGUAUACUGUGGUGGAAGAGCUCACGAAACUCGGGCUUUAUGUGAAGAAGGAACCCAACGCCAUGACCAUUCCGCUUUGCGAGAAGACUAGGGAUGUUAUUGAACCGUACAUGACGCCCCAAUGGUGGGUCCGCAUGAAUGAGAUGGCGGAGUCCGCCGUCAGGGUGGUUGAAGAGGGGAAGGUCAAGAUCAGCCCAGAGAGUGCCAGGAAGUCCUAUGACCGUUGGCUGGCUAAUGUCAACGACUGGUGCAUUUCUCGCCAGCUUUGGUGGGGUCACCGCAUUCCAGCCUACCGCGUCAUUCUGGAAGGGGAAGAGGACCAAGGCGAAACCGAACAGUCCGUUUGGAUCGUCGGCAGAACACCGGAGGAGGCUCAGGAGAAGGCCGCCGCCAAGUACGCCGGGAAGAAGUACCGGCUUGAGCAAGACCCCGACUGCCUUGACACCUGGUUCAGCUCCGGGUUGUGGCCCAUGUCUACUCUCGGCUGGCCGAACACGGAAAGCAGCGAUUUCAAGAACUUCUUCCCCACGAGCAUGCUGGAAACCGGCUGGGACAUCUUGUUCUUCUGGGUCAUUCGCAUGAUUAUGCUGAGCGUCAAACUAACCGGCGAGGUCCCGUUCACCGAGGUGUACUGCCAUUCUCUUAUUCGCGACUCCGAGGGCAGGAAGAUGAGCAAGUCGUUGGGCAACGUCAUCGACCCGCUCGAUAUCAUCAGUGGUAUUGAGCUGGAGGACCUCCACGCCAAGCUCCUGACCGGUAACCUCAAGGAAGCCGAGGUUGAGCGUGCGACCAAAUACCAGAAGACUGCCUUCCCAGGUGGCAUCCCCGAGUGCGGCGCGGACGCUCUCCGGUUCACGCUGCUUUCAUACACCACCGGUGGCGGCGAUAUCAGCUUCGACAUCAAGGUCAUGCACGCCUAUCGCCGCUUCUGCAACAAGGUCUGGCAGGCUAGCAAGUAUGUCAUGGGUAAACUACCUGCGGAUUUUGUUCCCGCCGAGAAGCUUGACACUUCCGCCCUGUCCGUGCCUGAACGUUGGAUUCUGCACCGGAUGAACUUCGCCGUCACGGGUAUCAACGAGGCGCUGGCGGCCCGUCAAUUCUCCACUAGCACCAAGCUAGCAUACCAGUUCUUUUAUGACGAGCUGUGCGAUGUGUUCAUUGAGAACAGCAAGGGUAUCUUGAGCGACGGUACUCCCGAACAACAACAAAGUGUCCAGCAGACCCUGUUCCGCACGCUGGACGUCGCAUUGCGUCUCCUCCACCCGUUCAUGCCUUAUAUUACCGAGGAGCUGUGGCAGCGCCUCCCGCGGACCAAGGGAGAGACGGCCCCUUCCAUCAUGCUGGCCCAUUACCCCGAGCCCGACAGCGCGCUGGAAUUUGCGUCGGAUGCUGAGGACUACGAGUUGGGUCUGAAGUGUGCUGGUGGCCUCCGAUCUCUGGCUGCUGACUACAACAUCAAGUCGGACGGAACUGGUUUCAUCAAGACGUCUACCGCGGCUAGCCUGGAGAAGGUCAGCGCCCAGCUCCAGUCCAUCAAGACUCUGUCUGGGAAGGGUGUUUCGGGGGUCGAGGUACUCGGCCCUGACGUCGACGAAGCGUCUGCGCCCAAGGGCUGCGCCGUCUACGUCGUCUCUGCCGAUGUGGCGGUUCUCCUCCAGGUCAGCACCCAAAUCAAGGACAUCGACGCCGAGAUCAAGAAGAUCAACACGAAGCUGCAAAAGACCAACCUUGCCAUCACCAAGCAGCAGGAGUUGAUGGGGCGCGAGGGCUUUGAGAAGGUCAGCGACGUGGUCCUUACCGCGGAGAAGAAGAAGCUCGCCGAUGCCCAGGCGGCGAAGGAGAACUUUGAGCGGACGCUGGCCGAGUUCAGCAAGUUGAAGCUGUGA